AUCACUGUCGCAACCAAACCAUCUAAAUGUAAAAAUGACACGCGUAAACGACCCUAAAAUUCGAUUGAAGCAAGAGCAUGCGGUCGAAGUCAAUGAGCCGGAAAGGCAUUCCAUGUACCAAAUAUUACUGGAAAAUCUGAAAAUUGCCAACAGGGCUACUUACUUGCACCGGAUUAUUUAUGUUGGCGAGCACUAUUUCCAAUCCUGCGAUGAUGCCAAAGACGUAUUUGAAAAUAUCAUUAAGAAAUGUAACGAAACUUACUGCAUAGAAAAGCUGAGCGGUUUCUUCCUUUAUUACUCGAAAUAUUUCGUUCACAUGGUUGAAGGCGACGAAGAUAACUUGAAUAAACAUCUAGGUUUUCUGCUAGACCAUCACGCGAGGCAUUUUGUGUUUUUGGGACCUGUCAAGUUGUUGAUCCACGUGUCUCACAUAAAUCAGAGAUUUUUUGAAGAUUGGAUUUGCUAUGCCGCAGUUCCGCCUAUGCUUCUCGAAAAAUUGGAUCUGAAAGUGGAUUUGCAUCAAUCUGGUCGUCAUAUCUACAACUGCAUCAAAAAAGUAUACGGGCUGCUCGGAAAAUAUUCGGAAAAUUUGCAAACGACAUCGAACGAGCCCAAAAAAUUGGAAGGAGAUAUAAUCACAGUAAAUACGAUGUCGAGCGGCGGUUCCGCCAUAUUUUAUCCGAAGUCGUUUUCGUCGUUAAGCUACGUCUCUCCAUCCGAAUUCACCGCCGGGAAGGAAUAUAAAAUAUACUUGCCAGAAUACGAGCUGCUGGAGUUUGUAAUCAAAACCGACUUCACCAUGCGACUGCAGGAUUACUAUAAUGUCUACGGCGUCGUGCCAAUGCGAGACAUUUAUAAAGGUAACCAGAUCGGGUGUGGCCAGUUCCCCACGAUUUUAUACCCUACGACGUUUUCGAAAAGCCAUACGAUUGCAUUACGGAAUUCCCCAAAGAAACCAAAAAGCAAUUGGAACGAGUUGUCGAUAGUGAUUUGGAAGAGGAAGACGAAAAAUAGACAGACGCGCCCAGAAAACGUGUUUUCUUAACUGUUCUGUUUUUUUUUUUUAUUUGGAAAUAAACAAAUAAUAUAAAAAUAACACUUUGCAUUACAAUAACUACUGCGACUUGUCGUUUGUGGUCGCUUUAAUUAGUGCUUGCAGGCAAUGCCCAAAACAUCUUAUUUCUGCUCUUCUCUCUAAUAAUUUCCACAUUAAAGAUAUUAAGCAUUUACUUCACCACAACCUUCAAAUAGCAAUGAGACCGAAAGCAAUCCUACACUUGCCAUUGUGGUCCUCCCUUACAUUCAAACCAUCACUAACCACAAUCACAAGUUCUAAAGAAGUAUAACGUCAAAACCAGAUUUACCACUUGUUAAAAAAUCUUUCAUCAUCUUCGGUCCAUCAAAGACAAAAUUCCAUUUGAGAUGCCAGGAGUUUACAGCAUUCCAUGCAUAUGAGUCAAAGAAUACAUUAGAGAAACCGGACGAAAAAUUUCAACUAGGCUCAAAGAACACGAAAGAGCCUUACGACUAAGACAAAUGAACUCAUCAGCUGUUGCCGAACACAAUCAUGAAACCGGACACAAAAUUUUAUUUGAUAAAACUAAAAAAUUCUUGCAUGUAUUCAAUUCUUCUACCAAUGAAAAAUCCGAGAGUCUAUAGAAAUCUACAAACAACUUAACAAUCUUAAUCGCGACUCAGGUUUCUACCUGUCAAUAAUAUUGGAAUCAGUCAUCCGGGACGGUGUUUAUGCCCCUCAUUUAGCUCCGCCGCCAUCAAACAAUAUAUAAGCAGGUACAGAGUAAAAUGCGAGCCAGUUUCAGUCAAGCUCUGAAGAAGCCAACAGGAUGAUUGGCGAAACGUCGGCAAAAACCGACGCAGGAGGAAUCCAGAAGUUUGGUAAAAAGUACUACAGUAGCCUGUGGAAGUUUCUUAAAAAAAAAUCAAUGUCAAGCUUUGUAACUUACUAGUGCUACCAACCUACACAAUUUUCAACCUUAUUAUAGCUACGGGGCAGUGUUGUUAACCUACCAUUCUCAUCAAAACUACACCCCUCUAUAUUAUUGCAUCCUUUCACACUUAUCACCUGUAAUCACAUGUACGGUUGUAAUGGUCUAUACCAUGUUCGGAUGGUCUAUACUAUGUUCGGAUGUAUGACCAUUUAUUCGCCGAAAAUGGCCUAUGUUUAACAAUCUAUAUUUUUGACUCCAUUUCCAGCAGCUGUAAUUUUAUUAAGCCAACAAUUUUAUACAGUAGUCAAUUAUCCUGUACUUGUCCUGAAGUGAGCCCAAAUCCAUUAUACAGGGUGAGUUAAAAUGAAAAAUAUUAAUUGUGAAAAAAAUCAAGUGGAACAUGCUAUAUAAAAUUUGUGAAAAAAAUGUUUCCUAUCUUUCAAUUAAUUUAGAAAUUUUACGUUUCCUAAUUCCCAAAAUAUUAUUGAACUAUAAAACAAUGUUUUCAGAUCGGGUCUAUUAGUGCAAAUGUCCAUGCAAAUCUAAGUUUUUCAUGUAAAUGUAGGUUGGGCAUUGUUAAAUCCGCAAAGCGAACACCCGGGCAAGAACCGCGGAAGUUUAAAAAUUUAGUGGCCCGUAAGGUGUCUCCGCCAUGUGGAAAAUGUAGAGCUAAAAGAGAGGGAGAGCGCGCGCACGUGCAAGGAAGAACGUGCUUAACGUUUUCGCGUUCGAACUUGGCAUCGAUAGCACGCCGAUAGUGUUGAACCCCCAAAAGAAAAAACUAUUGUCUCCCUCCGCAUUGCAUGUGCGUGUGAACCACCUCCACCGUACCGAGACCGUGAUCCUCAAGAUCGGAGAGGAACUGCUAUUGGGGCCCCAGUCCAGCGAGACAGCAGCGACAAGAGGUUAUUGCCGUCUCUACCCUCACGACCACGUCUUGCGC